UCUCUGUCUGUCCUUAUAAAUUCUUACGCUUUUCUGUGUGAAUAUAUGCAACUGUUUUAUUAUAAGUAGAUUUGAGUGGCAAACAAAAGUUGAAUUAAUUUUGUUUUACAUGAAAUUAAUGAUGUAAUAUAUUGAAGAUAACUUAAAUAUUUGCUGUACAGGGAAAAAUAUGUGUCUCCAUGUUUGGUAAAUUUUGAAGUUUUCAGAUAAAGUGAAUUACUAUAAAUGCUCCUUUAUAUGUCUAUGUGUUUCGCUCCAAAUUGCCACUGAAUUAUCCAAGAAAAUUAAUUAUAUGAAGCCUAAAAAAUACAGAUUUUCUUAUUUUUAUGAAAUUUGACAUUCUGGUGAUACACGAUUUUAAUAACAAUGCUAUGCAUUUGGCAUGUUCAUGAAUAAGUUUAAUUUAUUUAUAUGUCACGGUUCUAGAUCAGCUGUAACAAAGUGCUUCACAAUACAAGACAAUAAGAUUUUAAAUGGUCAGAUGUCUUAAAUCUUCUGAUUGCAGUAACACUGAAUUCUCAAGUUUUCAAAAAGUGUGUUUGUGUGAACGCAUUUGAACUAUUUGUCACCAUGUUUUGCAUCUGUACGUCAGAAAUAAGGUUUGAACACAGACUUCACCAGUCUGACCUCAGUUCCUCAAACCCUCUGUCCCCCCACCUACAGGUGCAGGCCUCCAUCAAGAAGAAGGUGGGGAAGCAGAAGAAGAGAACCAAUGACAAUGUAAUGCUUGACGGAGACAUCCAAACCGCCGCACAGCAGCCCCCUCGCCAUCAGAGACCCGUCCAGAUCCCCCAGACGACCGCGGCUGCUGAGGACAGAGAGGCGCUGGAGGAGAAGCUGGAGGAGAUGAUGGAGGGACCGCAGAGGAAAAAGAAGGAGAGAGAGAAGGAGGUGGAGCCCGUAGACCUGCUGCCCAUAGUGGACUCUGUGUUUGGACAGGACAGAGAACUGAGACCAGAGGAGCUUGACGAGCUCCGUGAGGCCUUUGUGGAGUUUGAUAAACACAAGGACGGCUACAUAAGACAUAAAGACCUGGGGGAGUGUAUGAGGACUAUGGGAUACAUGCCCACGGAGAUGGAGCUCAUCGAACUGAGCCAGCAGAUCUGUGGAGGUAAAUUGGACUUUGAGGACUUUGUGGAGCUGAUGGGACCCAAAAUGCUGGCAGAGACAGCGGACAUGAUUGGAGUAAAAGAACUGCGGGAUGCAUUCAAAGAGUUUGACUCUAAUGGUGACGGUCAGAUCAGUAUAACUGAGCUGCGUGAGGCCAUGAAGAAGCUGAUGGGGGAACAAGUGACCAACAGAGAGAUAAACGAGAUCCUCCGAGAUGUUGACCUCAACGGAGACGGUUUGGUGGACUUUGAGGAGUUUGUGCGAAUGAUGUCACGCUGACCGGUCCAGCUGCCCUCAUGUCAGAUGGACAGACAGACAUUAUGCAACUGCUGGAAAAGGGAACAUACUGCUCUUAACAACAUGCAUUUAGAGUUAUAUUUUUAUAUUAAAUCUAUGAAAAAGAGAAAAAAAAUGCUUUGAAUAGAUUCUAUAACUUGACUUCACCUGUCUGAACUUGCAGUGCAACACACAUAAAGAAUUUAAGCAGCUAUAAAACAUAUCAAAAGCUUCAUAGACUACAAUUAUGACUGUGUUUUUUAGAUGUACUGUAUUUUUAUAUAUCAGUGUUUGUCCUUUGAGUGUAAAAUCUUGUUUGUAAAAACUGUCAAAUUCUUUUUUUAAUUAAAGAAAUGUAGAAAAAAUG